AUGUAUCCGACCGAACUACCAACGCCUCCCCUCUCGCCCGUCCCCCGCUGCUAUGCUCCCGAGGACCGAUUAGGAUUCAUCUUGGCCAACCGGCUGGAACUCACUGGGAUCCUCGGUGUCGGUGCCUAUGGAGUUGUAUAUACUGCCUUGGACAUCCACACGCAUAUCCAAUAUGCCGUCAAGGCCCUCAACAAGUCUGGGCUGGAUCCCCGACAACUCAAAUAUCAACAGCGCGAAAUUCGUCUCCACCACCAGGCCAGCCAACAUCCCAAUGUGGUCUCCCUUGUUCGCAUCAUGGAUUCCGUGGACUGUACCUACGUCGUGAUGGAGUUUUGCCCCGAGGGCGACUUGUUCUCCAGCAUCACCGACAAGGGCCACUUUGUCGGGAAUGACCCCUUGGUCAAGCGUGUGUUCCUCCAACUCCUGGAUGCCGUACAGUUCUGCCAUUCCAUGGGGAUUUACCACCGGGAUCUGAAGCCGGAGAACGUUCUGGUGACCGACCAGGGCAUGACGGUCAAGCUCGCCGACUUUGGCCUCGCGACCGAGGAUUACUUCACCUCGGACUUUGGUUGCGGUUCCACUUUCUACAUGUCGCCUGAAUGUCAACAAUCCCACCCCCGCCCCUUGUCCUGCUACGCCUCGGCCGCCAAUGACGUCUGGAGUCUUGGUGUGAUGCUGGUCAACCUGACUUGUGGUCGCAACCCCUGGAAGCGCGCCUCGCUCGAGGAUUCCACUUUCCGGGCCUACCUCAAGGAUCCAUUCUUCCUCAAGUCCAUCUUGCCCCUGUCCACGGAGAUGGUCUACAUUCUGAGCCGUGUCUUUGAGCGCGACCCAGCCAAGAGGAUCACCAUCCCGGAACUGCGACAGCUGAUCGUGGACUGCCCCCGGUUCACCGACUCAGUUAUGACUACAGCCCCGGCCCCAGCUCAACCGUCCCCAGUCCAGGUUCUGCAACCCCAGGUCCAGGUCCCCACUGCCUGGGACCGUCUUCAAGGCCCUAUUCCCUAUUCUCAGGUUCCGUUCACUAUGCCCGUGGAUCUGGAUCACCAGCAGCUUCCUAUGCAUGCCCAACCUUCCGGAUCGUCCUCGGAUUCCUCGCACUACUCGGACUUUUCCGAGUCUGCAGUUUCCGACACGUCUGCCCUCACCGAGGACUACUCUGAUUACUCCGACUACAAUUGUAUGUCGCCAGUUUCCUCGGAGCAGGUGCAAGUACCCGACUGCAAGGUUGUCUUCCCUCAUCCCAUCUGCGUGGAGCACCCCGUUCCCGUGGAUGUCUUCGCUGCUGGCGCCCCAAUCCAGGUUUGCUGA